ACACACGGACAAGUCGUGUCUAGCCGCUGUCAAAGCAGCGGCUCGGAGUCGGAGUCUGCAGUCUCCUCUCCGCCGUCGUGACUCCCGGUGCGUCGAGACGCGCGCGCGCGUAUAUGUGUGCCUCGAUCCAAGUAUACACCUAUUAACCAGUUGUGCGCGUCUGUUUGUUUCGGUGUACCUAUACGCGUAAACAGCGCGAGUCUUCGGGCGACUCGUAUCGUAUAGCAUCGCGCGAGUACAGCCAUAGUGAGGGAGAGAGAGAGAGAAAAGAAGGAGGUGUACUUGUGGAGGUUCAACGGAGAGAUCGUCAAGGCCGGGAGUAUCCGGGUCGGCGGACGGAGCAGAAAGCAGAGAGCCAGUUCCAGCUAUCCACAGGACGCCUGAACGUCGCGCUGCUGUAAGGUCUCGCCAGCGAGCAGAAGAUUUUGGAUGAGGCAACCAGCAAGACCGGCAGGAUUAAAAAGCCGUUCACCGCCGACAAUGCAAACCUAACUAAAAAAAAAUACAUCACGACAACGAGAUGCUACUGUUGCGCAGUCUGGGCGCGGAUUUCGCCGCCUACGUGGAGCUACGAGUGCGUCGCCGUCCUCUCGUCAGGUUCGCGAGAAUGGUGGGUAGCGUGCCUAGCGGCUGGAUGAGGCGGGUCCUUCUCUUUCUCGUUCUUGUCACCGGAGUGCUCCUCAUCGCCAUGUUCGCCCACACGCCACCGCUUGCAUCGCUGCAGCCCUUCACCGCACGCAGUCUGAAGGAUCUGCGCCGAAGCAUGGUCACCCUGGUAGUCUCCGCCGACGACGAGGAAAUCGCCUCCGAGAGUCCUCGCCAACGACUUUACGAACUCCCGGAGGACGUACCUCGUGCCAAUAGGACGUUCCAGAGUCCCUGGUCGUGGGCCUGCGUGGCUGGAAGGUGCGAGCGUCGUUCGGUGCGCAGCUCUCGCAUCUCCCUGGCGACCUGCACGGCCAUGUGCGGCGGCAACUCGAGGCUCCUCUGGCCGAAACCGUCGGGAAGAGUCGACCUCGGUACCGACCACCUCGUCUUUCACUGGCAGCAGGUCGAGCUCUCCACCGUCAACACCAGUAACCAGGACGUCAGGGACCUGUUGGAACAAGCCAAGGAUGUGUUCAUGGGAAACCUGAGGAGUCUGGUGCGAGCGCCGAACGCCAAGAGCCGCUCGGCGGUCGACAGCUUCGUGAUCUACCUUAGUGCCGGCGCAGUCCAGGACGCGCGACUGACUCUGGACACCGACGAGUCCUAUCACCUACAAGUACUUACCAAGGGCAAACACCUCGAGGUGCGGAUAAUCGGCAAAUCAUACUACGGCGUGCGCCACGGCCUGGAGACGUUCUCGCAGAUGAUCUGGUGGGACGAGGCUUGUAGCAAACAGGGCUGCUUGCGAGUCUUAUCUCAGGCCAGUGUCGAGGACAAGCCGGCCUUCGCCUAUCGCGGCCUUUUGGUCGACACCGGCAGGCAGUUCUUCAGCCUCGAGCAGCUCAAGCGCGUGAUUGAUGGAAUGUCCGCCUCCAAGCUGAACACCUUCCACUGGCACCUUAGCGACUCGCAGAGCUUUCCUUACGACUCGGCGCAGUUUCCGGAGAUGGCCAGGUGGGGAGCUUACAGCGGCGACGAGGUCUACACGCCCGAGGACGUCAAGGAGCUUGCGACUUAUGCCAGGAUACGCGGCGUCAGGGUCCUCGUUGAGAUCGAUUCGCCGGCUCACGCUGGCGCCGGAUGGCAAUGGGGUGUGGAGCACGGACUCGGGGAGUUGGCUCUGUGCGUGGACCAGCAGCCGUGGUCGGCGUACUGCGGCGAGCCGAACUGCGGCCAGCUGAAUCCGAUCAACGAGAACUCGUACAAGAUCCUCGAGGGUUUGUAUCGGGAGCUACUCGACCUGACGGAGGUGCGAGACAUCGUCCACCUUGGAGGCGACGAGGUCAAUCUCGACUGCUGGGCCCAGUACAGCAACAUCAGCGCGGCUAUGCAGGCGCAAAACAUGACCGACUACCACGUGCUCUGGGCUGAGUUUGAGAAGAAGUUGCAUUCGCGCCUGAUAAAAGCGAACCACGGCGAGGCUCCGAAAGCGGUGAUCCUCUGGAGCUCGCCUCUUACGAAGCGGCCGUACAUAACGCAGUACCUGGACUCGUCGGUGCACGUGAUACAGUCCUGGGGUGGUAGCAACUGGCCGGACACGCCGGACCUGCUGGAGGACGGUUUCCGGGUGAUUCUGUCGCACGUGGACGCUUGGUACCUGGACUGCGGUUUCGGUCGCUGGCGAGAGACGGGCGAAGCCGCCUGUGGGGAGUACCGUACCUGGCAGACCGUUUACAAUCACAGGCCCUGGCGGGAUUACCCGCCCCAGCAACAGCAUCUGCUGCUGGGAGGAGAGGCCGCCAUCUGGGCCGAACAGCUGGGACAGGCGUCGCUGGGACCUCGACUAUGGCCCAGGGCGUCCGCCCUCGCUGAAAGAUUGUGGAGUGACCUGCCUUCAAGCGGCUACACCACGGAUGAGAGCGUAUACACACGACUGUCGGCCCACAUCGAGCUGUUACGCUCGCGGGGAGUUAGGACUGAGGCGAUGUGGCCUCACUGGUGCACUCAGAAUCCUGGAAAAUGCCUCUGACCAAUCUGGAAUAUACGUAGAAGUUAACAAUAGAAUCAUUAGCGGAUCAUUACGGCACUCGUCAUUACCUCCCCGAUGAUAAAUAUGUAUAUUCGUACUUCAAUGGGUGAUCGCCAUUUCCCGAACCUUCGACGACUGCAGCACCCUGUUUUAUUCUUUUUCAUGAAUUUUCUUAUGUGAUUGCGUAGUCGUAGAGAGGUGUUCUUGAUGAUUAUCUGUACGAAGCAGUGGCUUUUGUUACUUUAAGCUAAGAUAAUGCGAUUUUUUCUUCAGGAUUCGUUUGGUGUGUCGGAAAUCGCAAUUAUGGCUUAUGUUGAAAAAACGUAGGUUAUUCGAAUAGAUUUUAUUCGAGGCAAAAAUGAAAGUAAAAAAACAAUGUGAAAAAGGUAGCGUUUAACGUAACAAAAGCUACCGAAUCCCGUUCGAGAACUGCGUUGCGUUGCGUAUUUUGAAAUACUAAUGUCAACACAGUACGUACUCUCGUCGGCGUCGCAAUUCGUGCGUUAGACAAAUCAUACGGCGAACUGUAGUUAAAUAUAUACAUACGUAUAAAGCACUUUUAUAAUUAUUUGGUAGCAAGUAUACGCAUAGGUACAUCCCUUUAUAAACUAUACGUAAGAAAUUCGGAUAUGAGCAUGGCCCAUGCUGCAAAGUACAUAGCGAAAUGCCAAUUUUUACUUGGUUUCCCGAUGAUAGCUGAAAGUUUGAUGAUUAGACUAUAAUAAUGCACGCGCUCUUAUUGCCCAUGUAGCGCUUGCUUUAACUUUGCAGCAGGCUACCCUUGAUAGAUACGUAUUGACUGAUACAUGCGUUCAUCGGUAUAUAUAUAUAUAUAUGUGAAUGUUCAAACGUAAAUGGUGUACGUAAGCAAACCAUGGCUUGGUCUUAUCUGUCAACUAAAUACCGCUAAGUACUUUUAAAGUAAACAGAAGUAUUUACCGGUGUUUAAGAUUGGCCUCAGCGUAUAAGUGACGGAACAAAAAUUGCACAGAGUGUCGGAAACAGUCAAAUGGACACAGAUACCUUGGGUUUGUUUCGUUGGAAGUGCCUUUUGGAUUUUCAGUUUAGUAAAAGUAACGUAUAACAAACUAACUCCUGAAAGGAGUGCGAGCAGCAUUGUCGUUCCUAUAAUGCUCGACUAAAGUAAAUUAUUACAAAGAAAGCGUAUAUAACUUAAAUACUCCGGCAUUUCGAGGCGCUAUCGUAUGUGUGUAUUCAAAAAAUGAUAUCUAGACAGCCACGAUGACAGUGUUGCAUUAAUAAUCAUGAAAAGCGUAAAUUUUGCAAAGAAAAUUUUGUAUAGAGAAUAAGUAUUUAUAUUUGAUGGAUUAGAUUUUAUAACGUAUAUAAGCUUCUGUAAAACUUUGAGAAAAGUUUCUUGGCUUUGGCAGGUCGAUUUAUUUUUUUUUUUUUUAUUAUUUUAUUUUAAUAUGAAGAGAAUACGAAGAAAGCAAUGCAUCAUGAGUCAAUUAUGAAAAUAUUGAAUGUGCAUUUUUAUCUUGAAAUCUUUUAUAUUCGUAAAAUUUUAUAUUUUUAGCAGAGUUUUUGUUAAUAAGUUAGCUGAUUUACAUUUUACUUUGUGCAAUAGAAGGUUGUAAGCUGUUAAUGACCUGCCCUCAGCUUGAUCGUAUUAAAAACGCAAUGAUAAUGAAUACUACAGCAUAAUUUCUUAUGCAUGUGAUUUUGACCAGUCGCAGCAGAAAAUUAAAUAAACGAUAAAAUAAACAAACAUAAUAGAAAAAUAAAUAUUUAAACAUAUGGUACUUACGCGUGCACAUCUUUGCUAUAGAUUUUUAUACGCCAGAAUCAAUUAUAAUAGCGAUGCAGAUUUUGUAGUAUAUAUUUAUAGAACCAAACGUUCACUAGAAACCUUAGGAGACUUGCUUAAAUAGGCAAAUACGUUUGGAUGAAAACGUUAUACGAUCGAGAAGAGACACGCGAACGCCAACAGAUCGAAACUGCAUUAUUAUAGCAUAAUUAUAGACGUACAUAAAUUACAUACGAAUAUAUUUAUACAAGGCAUAAAGCACUGGUGUCUAGCUUUAUUAUGAUAUAACACAACUAUUUAUAGCGACUCUGUGAAAGUUCAGCGUGUCCCUUUUCAAAACCAUCUGCCGAAUGAUCUCUGCCGGUCUUUUAUACACAGGCCUACGAUAUCAAUUACGUAUAUUAUACACAGUUGCUGGAAAACUUAAGCGUUUAUUGCGCGCAACCGAAGCAAUAGAAAGAUUCAAUUCAACUGUCACACAGCCCGCGCGAAGUUACGAGAUCAAUUAUAACGAGUAAAGCGUCUCCUUUCCCCUUAAGAAAAUUUAUUUAUUUUCCGCGAGCACUAGUGCAACCCUUUAACUAUGUAAUACCAUUGUAUUGUGUCCGUUAAUUUGCAUUUCAUACUUAUGUACAUAAUAUAUAAUCACGUACCGAGAAAUUCACAAACUGCGUUCGUUAAAACGAUGAAGACGAUGAGAUGACGAAAAAAUACUCUCUGUUGCGAAGUGCGUGUGUAAAUUACGGAGAUUCUAUAUAAGCACGAGAAGAUUUCCGUAACGAAGGAAGUCUCGAGUUCUCUCUUUAUUUGACAUGUAUUUCAACAUCGUCGUUAAUAAAUUUAUGUAUAAAUAUUUGUUACUAUAACA